AUGCGUCUCACUAAUUUACUACCUGCUUUAUUCAUUUCCUCGGUGAUGGCUGGAUCCCUAAAGGAGCUAGAAAUUGAAGUUACACACAAGAUUCCAAUUACCAAAUGUCAAAAGGCAAUGAAAGGUGAUACAAUUGAUGUCCACUAUGUCGGGAAAUUGAGAGAUAGUGGUGUCAAAUUUGAUUCCAGUUAUGACAGAGGUACUCCAAUCUCCUUUGAAUUAGGUGCUGGCCACGUUAUUCAAGGUUGGGACCAAGGUUUAGUUGGCAUGUGUGUUGGUGAAAAACGUACCAUUCAAAUCCCAAGUUCCAUGGCUUAUGGUAAGAGAGGUAUUCCAGGUGUUAUCCCAGAAAAUGCUGAUUUGGUCUUUGAUGUUAACUUAGUCGAUAUUAAAUAA